GCAGACACGCAUCGAGCAAGCUUGCAGCAAGCACGAAGAGGGGAGAUCACGGGCAGAGCAUCACUGUGAGGAGCAACGCAUACCCAGGCAGCUAUCCGGACCGACUCAGACCUAUCACCGCCGUCAUCAUCGUCAGCACCGCCAGCUACCACGAGAGCUCCGUCUCCAAUACAUCACUCGGCCAACCUCAGGAGACGAACGGCCAGCACCACCACCGCCCGCCAGCGACCCAUUGACACCGCAGGCGACCGGCACACGCCUGUCCACCUCCACCAUGUCGCGUCGCUUCGUGCCCCGCCUCUCCAACUUGUCCGCCGCCUCGACGAAGCCGACAGCAAUCACCGCCAGUCGACCCUUUACGAGCGCGUCGGCAGCAUGGAGCAAAGCACCCGCCCUCAGCGAUAUCGAGCCCGACACCAGCCACGUCUUCGACAAGAAACAAAAGCACUUCCGCGACAACCUUGCCGAAGCCCACCGCAAGCGUAAAGAAUCAGAGCGUGCGUCCUCACAGUCUGCUAUGUCCUCCUCUUCUUCUUCCUCUGCUUCUUCUAGUGACGCUAAGUUGUCCCACUCCGUUUCUAACGAUGCCGCUCACGGCAUUUCUGAAAACGCCUCGCAUUUCUUGGGCUCACUCAGUUCCGUUGCAGGGGAAGCCGCGCGUAAAGCCGAAGCUGCCAGUGGCGACAAGAAGAAGGGCACCGGCCUGCUCAGUCGCGUCAUCCAUGGCACCGAAGAGGGUCGCGAAAUGGAUCGGGAGAUUGAACGCUCUUUCUCCCAGGUCCUGGCGCGAGGCAAGUAUGUGCACAGUAUUGUGUUUCAUGAGGUCAAGCCGGAUAAGGUGGAGGAGUAUGUCAAGCUCGUGGGGGGCUGGUACCCGAAGGUUGCAAAAGAUGGGGAUAACCAUGUGAAUUUGGUGGGAAGCUGGAGGACUGAGGUGGGAGAAUGUGACACUUUUGUUCACAUCUGGGAGUACCAGCGUUAUGCGGGUUAUCAUAAGUCGCUGCACCGCAUCCAGAACUCGCCUGAGUUCGCCGACUUCGAUCGCAAGCUGAAGUCACUCAUCACGUCUAAGAAGACGUCGCUGAUGCAGGAGUUCCGUUUCUGGCCUACAUCACCGCCUCGCCAGCUGGGAGGUGUCUUUGAGUUGAGAUCGUACACUCUUCAUCCUGGUAACUUGUUGGAGUGGGAGACACACUGGCAAAAGGGCCUAGCGGCAAGAAGAGAGGUCAUGGAGGGUGUGGGAGCUUGGUUCGUCCAAAUCGGAGCCCUCAACGAAGUCCACCACCUCUGGCAAUUUGCCGACCUCGAAGAACGUCGUGCCCGCCGAGAGCAGAGCUGGAGCAUUCCCGGCUGGGGAGAGACGGUUCACAAGACCGUGCCGCUGAUCCAAACGAUGAAGAGCCGCAUCAUGGUGCCUAUGCCAUGGUCGCCAAUAGCAUGAGUGAGGCAUACACCGAUCACAAAAUCCGAGUUUCGAGCCGAGACAACAGGAGAUGAGGCGUGUACGGGUCAAUAGGAGGGAUGGCCACAACAUUACUGGCAAGCAGUCCGCGGUCAACAAGCAAGAAUGAGAAGUUGGGGGCCGCACGCACUUCUGCGUUGCAUGGACAAAUACAAUCGCCCAAGAGCACUUCAAGGCGUCAUCACAAUGGGAGCCAAAUGGUACAAAUGAAAGGUUAGGCUGUGGGGAAGAGAUCAUGGUGUAUGGGUAUUAGUAGCAUCAUCAGUAUUCGUUCUUUCAUCUGCGCGGGCAAUCAGAAAGCAGCUAGACAUUUUGCUGCGGGCGGCAUGGAUGGAGAACUGGCGCAAGACAUGAAGAAAAUCAUACAAUUCUUUUGUUUGUCUGAUCCUUGUGCUUCCGAUCGACGUGUUGUCGUCUCGUUCUAAUUGGGA